AUGUGUUCGUAUUCAACUACCGCUGUCUUUGAUACUGGAAAGUACACAACUGAGAUUAUAAGGGUCGAAACUGAAUCAUAUACACAGCAAAAUGUUCCACCACCAAAACCUCUGUUGAUUGCCACUCCUCUUGAAGCUGGAGAAUUCUCACUUCUGAUGUUCCUACAUGGCUAUCUUCUUUACAACUCAUUCUAUUCUCAGCUAAUAGAAUGCGUUGCUUCUCAUGGCUUCAUUGUCAUUGCGCCGCAGUUGUACACAGCGGCAGGACCUGAUACAAGUGAUGAGAUUCAUUCUGUAGCUGCAAUAACAAAUUGGCUAUCUCAAGGACUCUGCAACUUUCUUCCACCAAAUGUAGUAGCGAACUUGAACAAGCUAGCACUUUCUGGCCAUAGUCGUGGAGGCAAAACAGCAUUUGCUCUUGCUCUAAGGAAACUAAACAUCACCACUGAUAUAAAGUUUUCAGCUCUGAUAGGAGUGGAUCCAGUUGAUGGAAUGGAUAAAGGAAAGCAAACUCCACCACCAGUUCUCACCUAUGAUCCUCACUCAUUUGAUUUUGAUAUGGCAGUGAUGGUCAUAGGGUCAGGUCUAGGUGAGGUGAAAAGGAAUCCUUUGUUCCCCCCUUGUGCACCUAAGGGUGUCAACCAUGAGAACUUCUUCAACGAGUGUAAGAAACCUGCAUGGUAUUUUGUGGCCAAGGAUUAUGGCCACUCUGACAUGCUAGAUGAUGAUACCAAAGGAAUUAGGGGGAAGGCUACAUAUUGUCUUUGCAAAAAUGGAGAGUCAAGGAAACCUAUGAGGAGGUUUGUUGGAGGCCUCAUUGUUGCAUUCUUGAAAGCAUAUUUGCAUGAUGAUUAUGGGGACUUAUUGGCUAUUAGAGACAAGCAUGUGAGUCUACCAUUGGAUUUCAAAUUUGAUUCGUAUGUGUGA